UCUAAUAUAAACACGCGCCCAGUUGUCGUGCUUAGAUUGAGUUUUUGUUUAAUUUCGUUUGCUCUUGAAAUACUUUGGAUAAUGUGUAGUAUUGGCGAAGAUGACUUUGGUGACGAGGGUGCCACGCAUGCAAUGCCAACUGGUUCAACAGCAACGGGCACUGUCCUCGGCACUGGUAUUUGCAACAAGUGUGGCGUUAAUUCCAAUGAACUCUACAAAUUAAACUUUCGUGCUGCCGAAUGUCAGGAUUGUUUCCUGAAUUAUGCCAGGCACAAGUUCCGUGCUGCUUUGGGCGCUGCUAAGUUGCUACCGCGUAAUGCCGAAGUGUUGCUUCAUAUCGAUGGCAGCGCUGAGUCUUUGGUGUUGCUAGAUAUGCUGCACUUUGCUCAGACUCAAAACACGUUUAAGCGGCUGCAUUGCAAUGCCCAAGUGAUCUAUGUGGACAUCAACGAUCCAGCGUGCGACCCGCUGCCAUCGCUACUCGCUCUUCAGAUACGCUAUGCACCUUUUCAAUUUUAUAUUGUACAACUUGGAGCUGACCCAAGUAACGUGCGGCUGCUUCAUGAUUACAUUGUAACCUCGGAAAUUGCUGGCUCCAAGCAACUGCGCAGUUUGACUGCUCAUCAGGAUUAUGAGCAGCAGCAGCGCAAAGCACUCAUUGGCGCUGUGGCCGCUCAAUUGCAAUGCUCACAUAUAUUUGAGCCAAGUAUAAGCACAACGCUUGCCGCUCAACUGUUGACUUCAGUGGCUCUGGGUCGCGGCGGCAGUGUGGCUUUGGAUGUUGCGCUGCUGGACGACCGUCUGCCAGAUGGAGUCAAGCUACUACGACCUCUCAAGGAUCUCAACGAACAGGAAGUGCAAUUCUAUGUGCAUGCCAAGCUUUUGGAACCUUUCGGAAGCGGCAAUCAAGAGUCAUCAUCACAUGCCAGUCUGCAGAAUCUAACUAGAGCAUUUGUAGACAAUCUGCAGCAGAACUAUGCAUCUACAGUAUCCACCGUGUUUCGCACUGGUGAUAAAAUGGCGAUCAACCAACAGACGAAAGAUGAAACCCUCUCCACAUGCAAACUAUGCAAAUCCGUUCUAGAUUCGGGACUUUCGGACACGUUGCUGGCUAUUGAAUACUCACGGGCUGUUUCCGAGAUGAGCGCGGCACUGCAGCUUAAGAAUAAUGUAGCGGAAUUGGAGCAGAGUGCCGCAAUGCGCUUGAAAUCAAGCGACGAAUUGUGCCACGCUUGUCGCAAUAUAAAAUCAGAGCUAAAUAGUGAUAGUUUACUGACUUUGUUUUGACAAAUCUAUGUACAUAUGUAUAUUAUAGACUAUAUAUAUAUAUAGAUGUAAUUUAUAUCGCAAACAGUCUAUGUAAGCUUAUCCUUCGGUUAACAUGAAAUCUUUUAUUGUUUUUUAAUGCUAGAACCCGAUUUAGAAAAAUCACGACAGUGAAGAACCACAUUAAAAAAAAAACAAAUUUGAUAACUAAAUUUGAAAAUCAUAAAAAAUUA